UCCUUUGCAUCUGGGGCCCAGGGCUGGCUUCCUGGCUUCUGUAGGCGUGGUGCCCUGGUUUGCAGUUGCUCUUUCAUGAGCUCUGCGCCUGUCUACACUCAUCCUCUGAAGUGCCUGGAUGCUCUACACUGCCCGCUUCCCCCUUUGAAAUGUCAGUAAUGGGGAGGGGGGAGCUAAACGUACAACUCAGUUUGGUUUUAUAAAAUUUGAUUGCUUCCAUUCUUUUUUUCCCCAAAGAUUUAUUUAUUUAUGCAUACAAGAACUGGGGUACGGACCAGAGAUGUGGGGUGUGUGUGUGUGUGUGUGUGUGUGUGUAUGUGUGUGAGAGGAUUUACCAGAGGCAGAGUGGGGAACAGAACAGGCAGACUGACUGAAAUACACUGCUGAGGGGAGCUGCAGGCAAGACAGGAGAGGUCUGCUGCGCCAUGUGGGUUGCCUUCUGGCUGGCCGGGGAUCGAACUCAUGCUUCAGAGGCUGCGGAUUGCUUCAUGGUGAAGUGCUUAACCCCUUGCACCACCAGGGAGGCCCCCUGAUUACUUCCAUUCUUAAAAGGCUGCUUUGAGAUGCAUUUGGUGCUGUCCUCAGCCUACAAAGCUCUAUCCCUACCUGAUUUCCUGGUGUUCCUCGACUCUAGUUAUACACUGGCUCAACCUAUGGAGACUUUAAAAAAGCUCAUACCCGGGCCCCUCCCGGAGAGUCUGAUGUGAACAGUCCAGGUUGUAGCCUGGACAUUGGGAGUUUUAAACCACCCCUUCUGCGUCCCCGCACCCUAUCUAAUUCUGGGCUAAUCAGCGCCCAGAAUUAGAACUUCUGAGAUGUGAAUCUCAAGGCCAGCUGUUCCUCCUUCCCCCUUCAGUUUCAACCGAGGACUUGCCAAGGGCACACAGCUCUCUCCCUGCCGCAAUGCUUUCCUAGAGACCGGGAUGCCUGGUUCCUAUAAAUUGGCUUUAACCCUCCCACCGCACACUCUAUCCUGUGAGCUGAGGCCUGGCUUCUGGUGUACAACCAGGAGGACAUUUGGAAAACCAAAACGAAGAAACCACUAAAGCGGGUCAUUGUCUCACCCUGGACUUUCCUGCUAGGAGCUGACCAGCUUUCUGUUCUGCAUUUACUCUCCCACUGGCAACUUUCCAGUCGAUCGAUAAGGCCUCUUCUUCUAAUGAAAAGAGCAAGGAAGAAUGGACUACAGUCACCAAACUUCCCUAGUCCCAUGUGGACAAGAUAAGUACAUUUCCAAGAAUGAACUUCUUCUGCACCUGAAGACCUACAACUUGUACUAUGAAGGUCAGAAUUUGCAGCUUCGACACCGUGAGGAAGAGGACGAGCUCAUUGUGGAGGGGCUGCUGAAUAUCUCCUGGGGGCUGCGCCGGCCCAUUCGUCUGCAGAUGCAGGAUGACAACGAGCGCAUCCGCCCCCCACCAUCCUCCUCCUCCUGGCACUCCGGCUGCAACCUGGGGGCUCAAGGCACGAUCUUGAAGCCCCUCACCAUGCCCAACAUUCAGAUCUCAGAGGUGGACGCCCCACCUGAGGGUGAGGAGACAUCGAGCCCCACAGAUUCCAGGGGCCUGAAGCCUUUGCAGGAGGAUACCCCACAGCUGAUGCGCACACGUAGCGAUGUUGGGGUACGUCGUCGAGGCAAUGUGAGGACACCCAGUGACCAGCGGCGAAUCAGACGCCACCGCUUCUCCAUCAAUGGCCAUUUCUACAAUCACAAGACAUCCGUGUUCACACCGGCCUACGGCUCCAUCACCAAUGUCCGGAUCAACAGCACCAUGACCACCCCGCAGGUCCUGAAGCUGCUGCUCAACAAAUUUAAGAUUGAGAAUUCAGCGGAGGAGUUUGCUUUGUACGUGGUCCACACCAGCGGUGAGAAACAGAAGCUGAAGAACACUGACUACCCAUUGAUUGCCCGAAUCCUCCAGGGCCCCUGUGAGCAGGUCUCUAAAGUGUUCCUCAUGGAAAAGGACCAGGUGGAGGAAGUCACCUAUGAUGUGGCCCAGUAUAUAAAGUUCGAGAUGCCAGUCCUUAAAAGCUUCAUCCAGAAACUCCAAGAGGAAGAAGAUCGGGAAGUCAAGAAGCUGAUGCGCAAGUACACGGUGCUCCGGCUGAUGAUCCGGCAGAGGCUAGAGGAGAUAGCCGAGACCCCAGCAACAAUCUGAGCCAUGAAAGGGAGGGAUCCCGACUCUUCAGGGACCGCCUCUGACAUGGGAAGACCCAGUGGAAGCUGGACGCCUUCCGUCUAUGGAAACAUUUAAAUGCCAACCUCUGCGACUCCUGUCUGGCCACCGUGCUGCCUGGAGCAGGAUGGAGAUGUCAGCAGACAGGUCUCCUUUCUUGCACUUUUGUUAUAGGGAGAGCCCAAAAUAUAUGUGUGUGUGUAUGUGUGUGUCUGUGUGUGUGUGUGCACGCACGCAUGUGCACAAGGUACAUGUCCACAUGGUAAACUGAUAUUUUCACAUGCAAUUAAAUUCCAAGUAACCAGCACAAGUGCCAGAGGACCAGGGGGUGUGCUGCUUAGAGGAAUCACUGAUCUGAGGGGCUUUAGACUGAAGAAGAGUUUUCUCCCUUCAAGGGUCAGGGAGCAGCCACACCUAUUGACUCAAGUUUAGAAGGAGAAGUGGACUCAGCUAGCUCACUACUUGUGGUAUGCAGAUGCUAGUUUGAGCUUCUCCAAGCAGCCUCAGAAGAUGGGCCAGAGGAAUUUAAUAACAGUCCCAUGAUCUUGGGGCAGGUCUUGUGGAAGGAAAGAAAAACCAUCAGUGCAAUAAGCCCACAGUUUUUACACUGGAAACUUUGUGCUGAUUUGUGUGUCUGCCAGUAGAAUAUGGAUUCUUCCUGUCUUGUCCCAGGGCCACCUCUAUGGAGAGGAGCCCAGAACGUGAGUAUUCUCUCAGCCCACCCAACUGCCUACCCUGCCUCUGGCGCCUCCUUGAGUUGAAGGCAGGGUCUCAUGAAGCAGGCCUUGCUGGUUUGCACACGGUGCUGGCUGCCGGUGUGGCCAGUGCCUCGCCUUGUUCUGGGUGGUGGCCAGGAAGUUUCCCUCCUUAGAGAAAUGUAGAGAGAGAAAUGACAGGUGCUGUGAAUCCAGCUCAUUUCCCCACCAUCCAGGGGUCUGCCUGCUCUUGCUUCUGGACCAUGUGUAUGAAGUCAAGGCUUUAUUCUUCCCAACCUCAGGACUCUUGCAAGUUGCCCUCACCUUGUUUGUGAAGAUGGAGCCCAAGAAUGAGGCCUCGUCCUGCUACUGACCCAGUGUGGGGUUCAAGGAAGCUUUCAGGCUCCCCGGAGAGGGAGGAUGAAGCUGAGAGAACUCACUCCUUGGAGCAGACAGCUGAGUGGUCUUUAGAAAAGACCCAGCAGGGGAGGGGCCUGGGCCUGCCUCUGGUGGCCCUGCAGGAAGCUGUGCCUCUGAUGUACAUUGAAGAGAGCCUGACAGAGGCUGGGAGCGGGGUGCCUGACUCUGGACUGACCAAGCCAGGUCAGUGACACUUCAUAGGAGACGUCUCUGUUCUCUUUGGGGUACGGGUACACCCUGCCUCUUUUCUACCUCCUCUUCAAGGAAGGUUUGGAGAGCUGGUCAGUUGAGGUGAGACAACUGCAAGGCUAGUGGACCUUUGCAGUGGGUGGGGGGCACUGUUACUACUCAGACACCCCUCUACUCUACUUGCCCCUCCUCAGCCUCCAUGGUCUCUUCAGGUAACUCACAACUGCAGACACAUUGCCUUUCAAACAGAGGGAAUGCUGCCAUCUGGCAUUUUGCGGGGAUCUGUCAUCAUCCUACCUCUGUGGGGAUAGCAUCAACCCUUGGUCUUAAUCAAACACCUCACUGGGCUUCUUUAUCGUGCACAGAAGAAAAAAAAAAACAACAAAAUCGAGGGUGGGCACAGAGAGCUUCCUUUGUUAGGAUGGGAACCAGCAGUUUUGUGAAUGCAGUCGGACUUACAUCCUGGGUUUUAUAUUUGAGAAAAUGAAAACUUACCAACUAGUUAUUUUAAUUUCGAAAGUUCAGAGCCUUUGUUGGGAGUCUCCAGGGAUCAGGGAAGUUAGGAGAAUUUCCACAAAGCAAAUUACUAACCGCGGACUUUUUUUGGCUCACUAUUUUUGGUUUGUGAAAGUUUUUGAUAAUUUGCUCUAGCUUUGAUGGUGUUAAAUAUGGAGAUGUUGCAAAAUGUCCGCUGUGGCAAUGCCAGUUCACUCUCUAACAUCGUGAUACUAAGGUAGGACUGCAUUUUUAAAGAUGGGGUGAGUGUGAGAAGAAAGUGAACCGUACACAAUAGGGACCACUUCCUGCAGGUCACACUUUUCCAUGAGUGGCCUGUCCUGUGGAGAGAUCAUGUCCUGAUAACAUGACCAGGAAUUUUGGAAAGGGCCUUUGAAAAAGUAGCAGUUGAAACGAGACACCGCGGCCCUGUGGAGCGGGGCUUUCUCACUGGUAUCGCAUGGCCUGGCAGCUUGGAACUCCUUGACUGAUUUGUGUGGGUUUAUGUAAUUAAGUGCAAUGACCUUGAAAUUGUGUGAAGAACAAAAGGCCAGUUUAUGGUUUUUCCCCCUAACUUGUGAAAAGCAGUGUAGCCACAUCUGGCUUUCUUUUUCCAGUGGCUUAUGUUACAAGGUGAUCAAAUGAAGGAAAAACCUGACUCCAUCUGACAGGAAGGGGGUCUGUUCCCCCAGGUGAUGGUGGCAUUAAGCACAAGGUCACAUGCUCUGUGAUCACAGCGGGAUGGUGAUGGGUUAAGUGCUUGAGGUCCGGGAGGUUACCAUGGGGAAAAAAUGAAAAGCACAAAUAACAACCUUGCCUGUGCCAGGUGGGAGGUAUGCAGGUUUGUCUGAGGGUUGGAAAGGUUUUAACUGAGCUCCAGUUGAGGCAGGAGAACCUCAGAUAAGCUGCCCAUAUGCAUGAAAUACUGGGACCUGAGGUGGAGCUUGGGUGCUGAAACUUCAAGGAGAAAUAUUUUCACUCUUCUUUCCUCCUUACCAUACUUUGUUCUAGACAUCUCCAGAUACAGACAUUUCUCCAUCGGUGUAGAUAAAGCUUCGGCAUAUAAUGACAAAAGAAAAAUGUUGUUUUCCUGAGGUAGAAACUUCUGGGCAGGAAUUCAUUUCUGCAGCUUAUGUGGUGAUUUCAGAUUAUCAGGGUGGAAUGCACCACAGAAGGGUAAGAAACUCUCAAGAAGAAAAUUACUUCAAAGCUCUGUAGCACAGAGGACACAGCGUCAUAGAAACAUCUCCAAGAGAAAAAUGUAUAUGAGCAAAGGAUUUUCAGGGGUUCAAAGCGACCCAGCCAUGACAUGGGGGCUGAGAUGGGAGACAAAGGAGAUUCCUUCAGCACUCGUGAUGCAGCAGCACUUAAAUUAUUUUACACAAAAUCUUGCUUGAGGCAGAUGAAAUGAGAAAUAAUCUCCUGGAGUGGUGAAAAUAAAAACCAAUGUGCACCCCAUCCUCCAGAUGUAAUUGAAAGUGUUUACCUAGUCACCUGUGCACCCCGUGUUUUAACCAAGCACAAAACACCAACAAGCUGUGAAGGGAAAGCCUCAGUUUACUGUUAGUGUCUUCCUGACAGAUGCGUUUUCUAGGCAGAUGGUUUGCGGUGUGUUACCGCUAGUGUGUCUUAAGGGUAUGUCCACUUCUUUAAGUUUUGUGAAAUACUCUUUUCUUACUCAUAACUUGCCUUUCAGCAAUGGUACAUGACCAGGUUCAAUGUUUGGUUUUGAACUUUAAACUGAUGUGUUUUGGUAUCUUAAUAUAAUUUGACAAGGCUUCAGUAGGGAGCCUAGGGAUUCUGUAACAUUUUGAUAUGUGUAAAUGCACCUGACUUAGAACUUGUGAAAUAAAGCACUUUUCAAAGAAAAUUUCUUGGUGGCUGGAUCU